UUACAUUCGAUUGCUGUUGGGCUGGUGGCGUUGGCGGCCUGGGGCAGCCGGGAAGCGAGCGGCUAGGAGCCGACCUUCUUGCCAGCCGCGCUGUGACGGCUUCUCGGCUUUGCCUUCCUUGCUGAGGUCCCCGCUGCCAGGCUCCGGCCCCAGACAGCACGAUGUUGGGCGAAGAGAAGAUGUCUGUAAGAAAACGGCCGUCGAAGUCCAGUAAACAUGCUGAGGAAAAGGAAGAAGGCCAGAGAGACUGUACAGAGGAGUGCCAAGAGACACCUAGUAACGGUGUUGGGGCUACAGCAGUGAUUGAUACAGAUGUGUUUGCCUUCAUGGAGCUCCAAGGUCGGAUUGAUUUAAAACAGCUGAUAGCAAAGAAGAUACAGUUGACAGCAGAGGCAGAGGAAUUGAAGCCCUUUUUUAUGAAGGAAGUUGGCAGUCACUUUGAUGAUUUUGUGACCAAUCUCAUUGAAAAAUCCGCAUCAUUAGACAAUGGUGGUUGUACCCUCACAUCCUUUUCUGUUCUUGAAGGAGAGAACAGCCACAGAGCUAAAGAUCUGAGAGCACCUCCAGAACAUGGAAAGAUUUUUGUUAUAAGGCGAUCUCUCUUAGAUGAGCUGUUUGAGGUGGACCACAUCAGAACGAUAUAUCACAUGUUCAUUGCCCUCCUCAUUCUCUUCAUUCUCAGCACACUUGUAGUAGAUUACAUUGAUGAAGGAAGGCUAGUGCUUGAGUUCAAUCUCAUGUCUUACGCUUUUGGCAAACUUACUGUUGCUAUGUGGACGUGGUGCACCAUGUUCUUAUGUACACUUACAGUUCCCUAUUUCCUGUUUCAACGCUGGGCCAGAGGCUAUCACAGGAGUUCUCAUCCAGUAGUCCAUUCUCUCUUGCAUUGCUUCCUUUUUGUGGUCUUCCAGAUUGGAGUUCUAGGUUUGGGACCACUUUAUGUUGUAUUAGUGUAUACACUACCACCAGCUUCCCGAUUCAUUGUUAUACUCGAACAGAUUCGUUUGAUAAUGAAGGCUCACUCAUUUGUCAGAGAGAAUGUGCCUCGGGUACUCAAUUCAGCCAAGGAGAAAUCAAGCACUGUUCCAGUACCCACAGUCAACCAGUACUUGUACUUCUUAUUUGCUCCUACCCUCAUCUACCGUGACAACUAUCCCAGGACUCCCACUGUAAGAUGGGGUUAUGUGGCUAUGCAGUUUGCACAGGUUUUUGGUUGCUUUUUUUAUGUAUACUACGUCUUUGAAAGGCUCUGCACCCCCUUGUUUCGGAAUAUCAAACAGGAGCCCUUCAGCGCUCGUGUUCUGGUCUUAUGUAUAUUUAACUCCAUCUUGCCAGCUGUGCUGAUACUGUUCCUUAGUUUUUUUGCCUUUUUGCACUGCUGGCUCAAUGCCUUUGCUGAGAUGUUACGCUUUGGUGACAGGAUGUUUUAUAAGGACUGGUGGAACUCCACAUCAUACUCUAACUAUUACAGGACCUGGAAUGUGGUGGUCCAUGACUGGCUAUAUUACUAUGCUUACAAGGACUUUCUCUGGUUUUUCACAAAGAAGUUCAAGUCAGCUGCCAUGUUAGCUGUCUUUGCUGUGUCUGCUGUAGUGCACGAAUAUGCCUUGGCUGUUUGCUUGAACUUUUUCUAUCCAGUGCUUUUCGUGCUCUUCAUGUUCUUUGGAAUGGCUUUCAACUUCAUUGCCAAUGAUAGUCGGAAAAGGCCAAUUUGGAAUGUUCUGAUGUGGACUUCCCUUUUCGCGGGCAAUGGAGUCCUCCUGUGCUUUUAUUCUCAAGAGUGGUAUGCACGUCAACACUGCCCCUUGAAAAAUCCCACAUUUCUGGAUUACAUCCGGCCACGUUCCUGGACUUGUCGUUAUGUGUUUUAGAAGCUUGGACUUUGUUUCCUUCCUUGACUGAAGAUUGGGUAUUCUACCUGAUUUGGGGCCAGCAUCUGUUUCCAGCCGUUACUGAAGUUAUCUGUGUUAUUUGGACCACUCCAGGCUUUACAGAUGGCUCACUCCAUUACUAGGUCACCUGAAGCUGAGCUGUUAGAAGUUUCCUGGAAGCUUGUACACUUUUAAGCAGUUCUUAAUUUUUUCCUUUUUGGGAGAAGGGAGACUUGUAGCUGAUAUAAUGACAGAUUUUUGCUGGGUCAUAUCAGCUUAAACAUCAGAAAUUCUGUUUUGUUUCUUGAUUGCAUCUAAUUUGAGACUAAACAUCAUGCUUUCUUGGCCACUGAAUUAGCCAAAACAUUGAUGAAGAAAUCAUUUAAGUACCCCUGGCUUAGAAAUUUUUUCAUGUGCAUUGUUGGAAUGUAUGCUCAUUAACCAUGCAAUUGGGAAAGAAAAUAAUGUGGAAUGUUUUGCUAUUUCUAGUAAAGAGAAAAUAUCUAUUUUUCCAAAGAUAAUCUUGUUAUAUAUCGUAAUUUGUAUUUUUUUUUAAAGUUCAGUUCUAUUUUUAUCUUGUUUUUGCUAUACAGUGUAGGUCGUGAUAUCUGUGAAGCAAAAUUAUCCCUUUCACCUUGAAUUCUUGAGUUUGCAUCCAUAAUAUUAUAUAUUGAAGGGGACAGAAGUAGGAAGGGAAAAAGAAGUGGCACAGGACAAAGAAAAAUAUUUCCUCUUUUAAUUUCUAAAGUAAUUUUUAAAAGAACUUGCAGAGUCAAUAAUGUGUUUAAAUUAUUUUAUUGUGGAACUUAUGUGGAAGAUAACUUUUGUUGUUUAAACUUUCAGGUAAUAACUUCUUUGAAGUUAUUUAGAAGUAACCUUUGGUACAGUUAUUUUAUCUAAUAAAUACUGACAUGAAUUAUUUUUCAAACUAGUAAGUCUGUUACAUAAGUAUUAAUCACCACCAUUAAUAUUAAAGGGAAUAUUAAAGAUACAGAAGCUGGCUUCUGCCUUUGCUCAAUUAUUAUACUUUUUUUUCAAUUAUUAUACUUCUAAUGGUAGUGUACUUUAGUUGCAAUAAAUUAAUAGGUGAUCAUUUUCAAGAAAAUGUACUUUAUUGUGUGAUGUUCCAUGUUAUCAGAUGCCUAUAGCUAAUACAGUGUGGUGUGUAGGAAUUAUUUUGGUUGUUUGAAUGACACAUGAUUAUGUUGGUAAAGACUGAGCUUUGGAAGGGUUUUUGAAGACCAUGUAGGUUCAACCCAAAGAAGGGAGGCUUAUGAAUUACCCAAAAUUUGAGAAGCAGCCAACUUGAGAAACUAUCUUGGUAUUCUAGCAGCCCUACUGCUAUCCAGAAAGUUUUGAGAAAUCUUUUUCAAAUUGUUUUCAAAAAGUUAGUUUGAAUCUCACAAGAAGGUAAGUAAAGUUUCUUAAUAGUCACAACUUAAUUUAUACCGCAAGGUCUCAGCUAAGUUUCCCAUACCUUUGGUCCAGUUGAGUUUGGGCAAAUCCAACCUCAACAGACAAAAGUGUACCUCAAAGAAGUUUAUUUUUAAAAGGGUAUUCCAGGACUUCCCUCGUGGCGCAGUGGUUAAGACUCCACCUGCCAAUGCAGGGGACACGGGUUCGAGCCCUUGUCCAGGAAGAUCCCACAUGCUGCGGAGCAACUAAGCCCAUGCACCACAACUACUGAGCCUGCUCUCUAGAGCCCAGAGCCACAAC